AUGUCAACAGAGGAAGUAGUAAAUGAGGAAGAGCAGAUGGAGGUGAAUGAGGAAAGUGCACAGCAAGAAACUUCUGAGGAUGUCAAGAUGGCACAAGAAGAAGAUGAGGAGGAUGAGAUGGAGGCUGAGGAGGGAGAGGAUAGCCUCGAGUCAAAGUUCGAAGCAGACUCCUUCAAGAGAUUCGAGUUAUUGCUAAAGAAAACAGAGAAUUUCUCGCACUGCCUCAGUGCAGGGGAUGUCGCAGCUUACAAAGGAUCACCUGUGAAGAAGAAGCGGGGAAGAACUGCCAAGACUGGAAUUGAAGGUGACCACAGACAUAGGAAAACCGAGCAGGAAGAAGAUGAGGAGAUGGCUGAGGCUGCUGUCAGAGAAGACACCAUAAUGGUCUUCGAUAAGAACCCAUUUUAUAUUCUGAAUGGUGAAUUAAGAGAUUACCAAGUGCGUGGGCUGAAUUGGCUAAUUUCACUUCAGCAUAAUGGUAUCAAUGGAAUUCUCGCUGAUGAGAUGGGUCUGGGGAAGACGCUGCAGACGAUUGCUCUUCUCGGAUAUAUGAAACACUACAAAAACAUGGCUAGCCCUCAUCUAGUAAUCGUCCCGAAGUCGACGCUGAAAAAUUGGAUGAACGAAUUUGCAAAAUGGUGUCCUUCUAUCGUAACUUGUUGCGUGAUAGGAGACGAGAAGGAGAGGAAUGAUGUAAUUCACAAUGUGAUUCUACCACAAAAGUUUGAUGUCUGCUGUACCACCUACGAGAUGGUGCUGAAAGUGAAAACCCAAUUAAAGAAGUUGGUAUGGAAGUAUAUCAUCAUAGACGAAGCUCACAGGAUCAAGAACGAAAAGUCGAAGCUCUCGGAAGUUGUAAGAGAGAUUAAGUCAAAAAAUCGCCUUCUCAUCACUGGAACUCCACUGCAAAAUAAUCUUCAUGAGCUCUGGGCUUUGUUGAACUUUUUGCUUCCCGAUAUGUUCUCGUCAUCGGAGGAUUUCGAUUCUUGGUUUACUGAUGGAAGUAUGCAGGGCAAUACGGACAUCAUAUCUCGUCUUCAUAAGGUGCUUCAACCCUUCCUUCUACGCCGAAUAAAGUCUGACGUAGAAAAGUCCCUUUUGCCUAAAAAGGAAGUCAAGAUCUAUGUGGGCCUGUCGAAAAUGCAACGAGAGUGGUAUACAAAAGUUCUUAUGAAGGACAUCGACGUUAUAAAUGGAGCUGGAAAGGUUGAGAAAGCAAGGCUGAUGAAUAUUUUGAUGCACUUGCGUAAGGCAGCUAAUCACCCUUAUCUUUUCGACGGAGCUGAACCUGGCCCACCAUACACAACGGAUCAACACCUUGUUGAUAACAGUGGGAAAAUGGUUGUGCUGGAUAAACUGCUCGCAAAACUCAAGCAACAAGGCUCUCGUGUUUUGAUUUUCUCUCAAUUCUCAAGAAUUCUUGAUUUACUGGAAGAUUACUGUUGGUGGAGGCAGUACCAAUACUGUCGACUUGAUGGUAAUACGGCUCAUGUUGACAGACAGGAAUCUAUAGAUGCAUUCAAUGCUCCUGAUUCUGAGAAAUUCAUAUUUAUGUUAACAACGAGAGCUGGAGGUCUUGGUAUAAAUUUGGCGACGGCUGAUGUGGUGAUCAUUUUCGACUCAGACUGGAAUCCACAAAGUGACUUACAGGCAAUGGAUCGUGCGCAUCGAAUCGGGCAGAAGAAACAGGUUCGCGUGUUCCGUCUAAUCACGGAGAAUACUGUUGAUGAAAGAAUUAUCGAAAGAGCCGAAGUAAAGCUAAGGUUGGAUUCGAUUGUUAUCCAACAAGGAAGGAUAGCAGAAGCACAAAAAACGCUUGGAAAGGAUGACAUGAUCAAUAUGAUCCGCCACGGUGCAGAAUUGGUAUUCGCUACAAAGGACUCAACUAUUACGGAUGAUGAUAUCGACGUAAUCCUCGAGAGAGCUGAAGUCAAAACAGCGGAGUUGAAUGCUAAAAUGGAAGAACUAGGAGAGAGCAAUCUGCGAAAUCUGACAUUCGACAACAGUAAAUCCGUCUACAAUUUCGAAGGGGAGAAUUGGAAGGGUAAACAAAGCGAAGGAAUGGGACAUUUUUGGAUCGAACCACCUAAGCGUGAACGGAAGGCUAACUAUCAAGUGGACGCUUACUUCCGAGAAGCCAUGCGCCAGGGUCAGCCAGUUGAGAAGCAGUCUCGUGCUCCUCGUCCGAAACAACCGGCCGUUUUCGAUUUCCAGUUUUAUCCACCUCGCCUCAUGGAACUGCUCGAUCGUGAAACGUAUCAUUACCGGAAGACUAUAGGUUACAAGGUUAGGAAAAACUCGCUCAAAAUUCGAAACAUUUAUUGA